GAAAGAGCGAUCGUUUGUUACAGGCCGCUAUGGCCUGCACCUAAAUUGAAAACAUGUUCUUUGAGUUCAGCUCAACUUCUGGAAUUGGAAGAAAAGUUUCCUGAAAACAAAGAAUAGGGAUCGCACCAUUUGUAAAGUUGGAGUAUGGGGUCAUUCCAUCUGUUGUUUAGAAAAAGUAGAAGAUUGCCAGUAUUAACAACAUUGUUGAGUGAGAAAAAACUUUCACAUAGAUCCCUCACUAUUUCUUCCCCUUUUUAUAAGAAGAAAAGGACAGAGUAUGAAAACAUUGACCCCCAAAAAUAUGGAAAUUUGAUCCAUUACCUCACUUCAGGCAAGGACAGAUCUGACAGAUCCAAGCCAUUUGAAGAAGACAAUGCAGGGUGUCAAUAUAAGCUUCCAGCUAAUGAGACAGAAACAAAACUUCCCGAGAACUGGAUUCCUCUAAUGAAUCCCAGGAAGAGCUCUUUGCAUCAGAAAGUUGACCAGGGGCUGCCCUUACAAAUCCAUUUGCAAAAGAACGCCUGGGCCAGCGUGACCUCUGUUCUGCAGCAGACAAUGCCUGUAGAACAGGCGUUUUACCUGGAGAAGUGGAAACAGCAAAUGAUUCUGAAACUUGGGAAAGAAGGUUUUGAAGAAUACAUGAAAAAUACUUUUCAAACAGGUAAGAGCUUUCAUGCAGCCAUGGAAGCCUUACUGUUAACUAAAGAAAAUUUUGUAAAGGCACAGAAAGAAGAUACCAGCAUCUCAAGCUACAUAAUUAGUGUAAAGCAUGUACUGCAAGACAUCACUGGAGUGAGAGCUCUUGAAAGUGCGGUCCAGCAUGAGGCCCUUCAUUAUCAAGGCCUAGUGGAUUGCAUAGCAGAAUAUCGAGGAAGAUUAUGCAUAAUUGACUGGAAGACUUCAGGGAAAUCGAAGCCCUUUCUUCAGAAUACAUAUGAUAAUCCACUACAAAUUGCAGCAUACAUAGGAGCAAUUAACCACGAUAGCAACUAUGACUUUCAGGUUAAUUGUGGACUCCUUGUGGUUGCCUACAAAGAUGGUUCUCCUGCACAUUCACAUUUUAUGGACUCCGAGCUAUGCUCCCAGUACUGGAACAAGUGGCUGCAUCGCUUGGAAGAGUUUGAAGAGAAAGGGAAGAACAGCACUGUGUAAAGCAUGUGUUUGUAGUAAACUGUAUUUAAUUCCA